GACCUGCCAGUGUUGUCAUUUUCGCAACCAUAAAAGCGCUCAUUGAAAGUGCACGCAGAUAACGUGCGUUUUUCAAUUACAUUUAUUGUCUGAAGAAAAGUAAAGGACAAUGAGUGGAGGAUUCAACUUUGGACAAGCGUCCAAUACUGGAUUCAGCUUUGGAGCUCCCAAAACCACAGCUGCAACUGCCCCAGCCACAGGCUUUGGGAUGCCAAGUGCUGUAGCUCCAGGUGGUGGCUUCUCUUUCGGAACCCCCAACCCUCCCCAGGCCCCAGUAGCUGCCCCCCAGAGCUCUGGGCUGUUUGCUAUGCCCAUCCAGGCUAGCACAAACCCAACUGGAGGGUUCAGCUUUGGGACCCCUGCACAGAGCAGUACUCCUGCAGGAGGAGGCUUCUCUUUUGGGACUCCCACUGCUAAACUCAAUCUGGGCACACCAGCCGCCUCUCAACCAGCACUGACUGGGCUAACUAUGGGGAUGGCAACCGCCUCCUCUGGGACAGGCUUUGGAAUUGGUGGGGGUCUCGCCACACAAACCACUGUUGCACCUGUAGGAGGGGGGUUCAGCUUUGGGACUGCAGGGGGGCUUGGAGCCCCUGUUGCCCAAACUCAGCCCCAGACCCAACCAGCAGCAGCUGGUGGGCUCUCUUUAGGAACUCCUGCUGCAGCCACCCAAAUGAUGGGAGGUGGGUUUAGUUUUGGUGCAGCCAAGGUCCAGGCCACCACAGCCCCAGCCCCUACUGUAACCCCAGGAGGGGGCUUCUCAUUUGGGAACAGCGCCCCUGCCAGCCUCUCCCUGGGGACCCAGCCCACAAGUCUGAUGCUGAACUCUGUGGCCACGGCCUCAACAGCUGCACCAACCACAACCCAGGGUGGAGGAUUCGCUUUUGGCGUCAAACCUUCUGCUACUCCAGCCCCCGCUGCAACUGCGCCGGCUACCCAGGCCUCAUUAGGUUCUUCUCUCUUUGCUAUACCAGCAUCAACAGCAGCUCCUGCUACAGCAACAAUCGCAGGAUUUUUGGGCGCUACCUCAGCCGCCCCCACUGCCACCUCAGCAGCAGGAAGUACCUUGGGCUUCAUGCUCAAACCCUUGGGAGCAGUCACUGCUACAACCACUGCCCCAGUUGGCACGGCUGCCCCUACCACUGGCACUACCACAGGUUUCUCACUGGGUAUGAAACCUGCGGGCGCCACUGGCAUCGGUGCAACAGCCCCCAUCACUGGAGUAGCCACAACCAUCACUACUGUUACAGCAAGUGCUCCUCCAGUGAUGUCAUACGUCCAACUAGAGGGUCUCAUUAACAAGUGGAGUCUUGAGCUGGAGGACCAGGAGAGGCAUUUCUUACAGCAAGCCACCCAGGUCAACGCCUGGGACCGCACGCUGGUGGAGAACGGAGAGAAGAUCACAUCACUGCACAGGGAGAUGGAGAAGGUGAAAUUGGACCAAAGAAGGUUGGACCAGGAGCUGGACUUCAUCCUGUCACAACAGAAGGAGCUGGAGGACCUGCUGUCCCCGCUGGAGGAGUCUGUCAAAGAACAGAGUGGAACCAUCUACAUGCAGAACGCAGACGAGGAACGCGAGAGGACGUACAAGCUUGCAGAGAAUGUGGACGCCCAGCUGAAGAGGAUGUCUCAAGAUCUAAAGGAGAUCAUUGAACACCUGAACACAUCCAGCGGGCCAGCUGAUAAUAGUGACCCGCUUCAGCAGAUCUGUAAAAUUCUCAAUGCCCACAUGGACUCUCUUCAAUGGAUUGACCAGAACUCGGUGCUUCUACAGAGAAGGGUGGAGGAUGUGUCCAAACUCUGCGACAACCGACGCAAAGAGCAGGAGAAGACUUUUCGCAUAACAUUUAAUUGAAUUGGAGAUUGUAAUAUCAGAAAAUGAUAUUGUAAAUGUGCAUUAUGCAAGUUUGUUCUUUUUUUUUUUUUUUUUUUUUCAAUGAAGAUAUUUUUGAGAAGAGUUAUGAUAAAGUUCUGCUUUUAAUGCAGCAUCAAUUGUGAUUUAUAGAAAAAUACUCCAAACUAGGGUGUGUGAUAUGCACUUCCCAAAUUUCAACACUGGUGCUGGUAAAAUAAUACAUUCUGAGUAAAUAAAGAGAUGCACACAUUAUGUGCUCCAAUAUCCUUUAGGGAUCGAUUAAAUCCGUAACCCUGAAGAUCAGCUCUGUAGCACAAUGGAAAUGUGACAUAAGCAGCGUUUACCGUGAAUUCAAAUCAAUCAAAUGUAAUUGUAUUUGACACAUGCUUUGUAAACAGGUGUAGACAAAUACUGAAACGCUUACUUCCGGCCCUUCCCAACAAUGCAGAGGAAAUAAUUGAAAUAAUAACGAGGAAUAAAUACACAGUAACGAUAACUUGGUUACAUACACGGGGUACCACCACCGAGUCGACGUGCAGUGGUACGAGGUAAUUGAGGUAGAUAUGUACAGGUGCAGCUCAAUAAAUUAGAAUAUUGUGGAAAAGUUCAAUAUUGUAGACUCAAGGUGUCACACUCUAAUCAAAACACCGGCAAUGGUUUCCUGAGCCUUUAAAUUGUCUCUCAGUCCAGUUCAGUAGGCUUCACAAUCAUGGGGAAGACUGCUGACUUGACAGUUGUGCAGAAGACAGUCAUCAACACCCUCCACAAGGAGGGAAAUCCUCAAAAAAGCAUUGCUAUAUCCAAGUGCAGAGUGCUGUAUCCAAGCAUAUUCAUGGCAAGUCGAGUGGAAGGAAGAAAUGUGGUAGGAAAUGGUGCACAAGCAACAGGGAUAACCGUAGCCUUGAGAGGAUUGUCAAGCAAAGGCCAUUCAAAAAUGUGGGGGAACUUUACAAGGAGUGGACUGAGGCAGGAGUCAGUGCAUCAAGAGCCACCACGCACAGACGUAUCCAGGAAAUGGGCUACAACUGUCGCAUUCCUCGUGUCAAGCCACUCCUGAACCAGAGGCAACGUCAGAAGCGUCUUACCUGGGCUAAGGAGAAAAAAUAACUUCUGUCGCUCAGUGGUCCAAAGUCCUCUUUUCAUAUGAAAGUACAUUUUGCAUGUCAUUUGGCAAUCAUGGUCCCAGAGUCUGGAGGAAGAGUGGAGAGGCACAGAAUCCAAGUUGCUUGAAGUCCAGUGUGAAGUUUCCACAGUCAGUGACGAUUUGGGGAGCCAUGUCAUCUUCUGGGGUUGGUCCACUGUGUUUCAUCAAGUCCAAAGUCAACUCAGCCGUCUACCAGGAAAUGUUAGAGCACUUCAUGCUUCCUUUUGCUGACAAGCUUUAUGGAGAUGCUGAUUUCAUUUUCCAGCAGGACUUGGCACCUGCCCACACUGCCAAAGGUACCAAUACCUGGUUCAGUGACCAUGGGAUUACUGUGCUUGAUUGGCCAGAAAACUCGCCUGAUCUGAACCCCAGAGAGAAUGUAUGGAGUAUUGUCAAGAGGAAGAUGAGAGACAAGAGACCCAACAAUGCAGACGAGCUGAAGGCCGCUAACGAAGCAACCUGGGCUUCCAUAACACCUCCGCAGUGCCACAGGCUGAUCGACUCCAUGCCACGCCGCAUAGAUGCAGUGAUUCAUGCAAAAGGAGCCCCAACCAAGUACUGACUGCAUGUACAAGAACAUACUUUUCAGGAGGCCGACAUGUCUGUAUAACAUUUCAUUUUUUCACUGGUUUUAUGUCAUAUUCUAAUUUUCUGAGAUACUACAUUUGGGGUUUUCAUUAGCUGUAAACCGUAAUCCUCAAGAUUAAAACAAAUACAGCCUUGAACUAUUUCACUUUUUGUGUAAUUAAUCCACGAUAUAUGAGUUACACUUUGUCAAUUGAAUUAUUGAAAUUAACUUUUCCACAAUAUUGUAAUUUAUUGAGCUGCACCUGUACAUAUAGGUAGGGAUGAAGUGACUAAUCAACAGGAUAGAUAAACAGUAGCAGCAGCGUACACUGAGUAUACAAAACAUUAAGAACACCGUAAUAUUGAGUUGCACCCAAUGUUCCUUCUUAACUACGUGCAGCUCCCCUCGGAAAUCCGUGCAGGUGAAAUAUCAGCCCGCGCAGAGAAACACGAGAUUGAACUAAACUUUCUAGAGCUUUUCCCUUUUAACACUCAACGUUUCACUCUGCUGUCAGAAUUGCGAUAGAAUCAACGCAAUAUUAGCCACUUUCAAUGUAAUAUACCGAAACAAAAUUAACUAUGUAAAACUAACUGUGCAAGGUAUUUUCUUGUAGGCAGAGCGGAGUAGGAUUACACCUGUUGUAUUCGGCGCAUGUGACAAAUAAAAUGUCAUUUGAGUUUGA